UAACACAUCUUAAGUUUGAGAGAGACUCGGACGACAUAAGCAGCGACCUCCAUCUGGACUAUUAACCUGCUGUUUUACUAUAAAAAUCAGGAUCUUCAUCGGCUUCGCUUUGAAUUCAAUCCGGCCGUCGGUUUUUAGACUAUUUUAUUAUGUGGAAAUUAAGCAAUUUUGGUUUGAUAACUUGGAUAUACUUUGCGUGCAUUUCACCGGGUUGUACAACUACCAUCGAGCCGACGAGCGAAUCUACAACCUUUGAUAACAUCAUGGACAACUCCACUGAAUGGAUGAUGGACUUUAGUGACGUCGAGUCCAAGUUUUCUUUCAGAACCAGCGAGGAACCCGAGGACGAUUUGUGUUAUAUAGUUCCCGGUCAACCCCAAACCAUCAAAGAAUGUAACUUUAAUAUGGAGACCCAGACGUUCAUAGUUAUCCACGGGUGGACGGUCACGGGUAUGUUUGAGAGCUGGGUUCCCAAGCUGGUGACUGCCCUGUAUGAACGAGAGCCAACGGCCAAUGUCAUUGUGGUGGACUGGUUGACACGCGCGCAGCAGCAUUACCCUACAUCAGCCGCUUACACCAAGCUAGUAGGCAAAGACGUGGCCAAAUUCGUCAACUGGUUGCAGGCUGAGAUUGAAUAUCCCUGGGAGAAACUGCACCUGUUGGGCUACAGUCUUGGAGCUCACGUGGCAGGAAUCGCUGGCCUUCUUACCAAACAUAAAGUUAACAGAAUUACAGGUUUGGACCCUGCCGGUCCCAGCUUCGAGUAUGCUGACGCCCAGAGCACUCUUUCCCCCGACGAUGCUCUUUUCGUGGACGUUCUUCACACCAACACCCGUGGCUCUCCGGACCGCAGCAUCGGGAUUCAAAGGCCGGUGGGCCACAUAGACGUAUACCCCAACGGCGGUACCUUCCAACCUGGUUGUAACUUCCAAAACACGAUGUUGAUGGUGGCCACUACUGGUUUGAGAAACAUGGAUCAGAUCGUGAAGUGCUCCCACGAGCGCUCGGUUCACCUGUUCAUCGAUUCGCUCGUGAAUAUGGAACAGCAAAGCAUGGCUUACCACUGUAGCUCUAAAGAAAGCUUCAACAAGGGCAUGUGCCUUAGCUGUCGCAAGAACCGCUGCAACAAGGUGGGCUACGCCGUCAACAAAAUCCGCACACGCAGGAGUACAAAGAUGUACAUGAAAACCAGAGAUAUGAUGCCGUAUAAAGUUUUCCAUUACCAAGUGAAGGUCCACUUUUUCGGCAAGACCAAACUGAGCUACACCGACCAGCCGAUGAAGAUUUCAUUGUACGGCACCGACAAUGAGAAGGAAAACAUUCCCUAUGUUAUGCCUGCUUUGAACACGAACACGACAGUGUCUUUCCUGUUGACCACAGACGAGGACAUCGGAGAUCUGCUCAUGGUGAAACUUCUCUGGGAGAAAGACACGCUCAUCAGCUGGCCCUGGUGGAACCCAGACACCUUCCACAUUCGCAAGCUGAGGAUCAAAUCGGGAGAGAAGCAAUCUAAAUUAAUCUACAGCGCCAAAGAAGGCGAAUUUUCCUACCUCGCCCGCGGAGGCGACGCCGCCGUUUUUGUGAAAGAAAAAGAAACCCAGUCGAGCCGCAAAAACCAGAGAUUGCACAAGCUGAAGAUGCACGGAAGUUCGUUCAAACAAAACACGGAGUAGAAGCACAUCAAAACCAGCUCUACGGGAACCUGCACAGAAUUUGCAGAGAACUGGAACGAUGGAGAAGGACUUCUUCUGUGUUCUGAGCUUCGCCGUACCUAAAUCCUGAAACACAUGCCGCAAGAAUCUCGAAAAUGUUACUGCUGUGCAGUUUGAAACAAAAAAGCCACUUUGAAAACUGCUGAGUAUUUCAUAGCCUCUUGGGCCACAAGAGAAAAGAAACAGAAAAUUCUGUCUAGACAAUCUGUAACAUGAAUGGAUAAUCACAUGCCUCUAUGCAAUACACACAUGCAAGUAUACUGUGAUGAUGUGUUUGUCUGUCUGCUUUGGUUAAACAAAAGUGAAAGUGUGGGGAUUUUGCCAUCAUUUAUUCACCCUAAUGUCAUUCCAAACCUGUAUGACUUUCUUCUGUCAAACACAAAAGACAAUAUUUUGAGAAAUAUUGCUGUGGUUUUGCGUUCAUGCAAUGGGAGCCAGUGUUGUUUGAUUACCAACAUUCUUCGAAAUAUCUUCUUCUGCAGAUGAAAGAAAGUCAUACAGGUUUGGAAUAACAUGAUGGUGAAUAAAUUAUUCAAGAAUCUUCAUUUUAGGGUGAACUAUACGUUUAAAUACCUGAGUUUGCUUGCUGUCCACCAAAGAGACAAUGCUAGCUGAAGUAUUUUCUUUACUGUUGGACAAAAAUGUUGCUUGAAACGUGUUGUUCGGUUUAGCUCUCUGACAACAUUAUAACGUCUGUUGCACUGUGAAGUAGUUUUCUUGCACCAAAGCUGUUUGCUAGCUAUGCUAAUCUUCUUUGCCUCGGUUUCAAAGCAACAGUUCAGUCUGGCCUGUAUGUUUCUUUUUGCUUGCAACUGAAUACAAUUAGCUGUCACAAAAAAUGGGACCAACAUCUUUCUCUACUGAAUCAAAAUGAUUACUGUACAUAUGUGUAAUUUUCAUUAUACAUACAUUCAUAUACAGUUCUUCAAAUGUCUACCUUUCUUUUGUUUCUUGGGUCAUCGUCUGGCACAGGUCACUUUAAAGGCUUGCCUCCCUUUGAUUGGGUUUCGUUUGGAUAAACCUGCGAAUGACAUCAAACAAUUUUGUCUCCUGAUGCAAUUACUGUUUUAUCUCUUUACCCCCAACUCAAGCGAUGUUUUGUCUGCAUAAAAUUUACAAACGUAAACUUUUAUUAUCACACGUGGGCCAGCCAGGAUGUAUAAAGACACAUUUGACCUAAAGAAUGAAAUGUAGACGUUUUCUAAAAGGCCUGACAAGAAUGACAGACCUACAUGAUAGCCACAAGUACACAAGCCACAGAACUGCAAAUUGUUCUAUUUAUUGAAUGUAUAUAUUUGUAUAUUAGGCACAUUAUAUAUGUUUUUCAUGUUUCUGCUCCUGGCUUUUUCUGUUGAGUUAUAUAUCCUCUCUUUAUUUUUAUAAGCAAACAGCUGUUUUGUCGGAUUGUAGGAAGCGAUGGUUUUAAUAUUUGAUGAUUAUGAUGUCAUUUUAAUAAACGUUACUGUAUGA